AUGUCCAGUAACAUGGGCUCCAGGAAAGACUUUUUAAUUGAGUUUGACCAAAGCUGUGCUCUGAAGAGCAAGGUCCAGUGUGGCCAGCAGGAAACACCUCUCUAUGACAUUCUGCACUACGAGGAUGCCCGGCGACACCCUCUUGCUCCAGGGGACAGGGUCUUGGCACCAUGGGAGGCUGCAGCCAAACGUUUUGGCCCUGGCACUGUGCUAAGGGCUGUGGAGAGCACAGAGGCACCUUUAGCACACAGUGAAAGGGGAGUGCUUGUGAAUUUCUGGAAUGGGCAGACUAAGGAGGUGCCUUCUGUCCAAGCUCUGAGGAUUCCCUUGACCCUAAGCGAACGCAUCAUCCUGGAGCUGCAGAUGCCUUUGGCAGCCCGGCAGAUAGUGGUAGAUUCAAGCUUGGACUACCCAUACCUUGUGGCACCAGGUUAUAGAGCCUCAGGGCACUACACACAGGGUCACCUGGACCUGGAUUGCUGCCCAGGGGCUCUGUAUUCCAGUCAUCCCUGUGCAAAGUGCAGCUGGGGGUGUAUCUCGCUUCCCCAGUGCUGCCUUGGAGCCUGGGAACCCACACGACCUGCAGAAUGCAAAGUGCAGCAGGAAUAUGCCUUCAUCCCAGGGACAAGCUUGUCUGAAGAAAAGCUCAGCAAGAAAAUAGAGCAGGAACUGUCUGAAUUGAGGAUUGCAUCUUCAGAAAGUGUUUCCAGACAGGAAGAGAAAAAGGAAGAGAAGAGAUUGGAGACAGAAAACAUUCCAAAAGAUGUUAGGUCUUGUUUGGAAGAUGACCAUGAGGCUAGAGAAACUGAAAAGGGCCCUCAGAGGGAGAUGUCUCAUGCUGUGAUUGAUGUUGCUGUCAACACAGACAGCUGGUUAAUGGAGACAGAUCACAAGGAAGAAGCAGAGAGCAGACAGCAGGAUGCUGAAACUGAAGCUAAUUUUGAACAUGAGCAUGGUAUUAGAACUGUAACUCUUUUACCCAAACAUAAAACUUACCACAUAGUAUCAGGAUGCAUCAUGUAUAACAUCUGUCACUAUAAUUCUUGGUGCUUCACAAGAAAAUACCAUAAUGCCAUCUUUAUAUAUAAGUAUUAAUGGUGCCAUGGCUUGAGAAGUUAUUCAUCUUCUCUCAAGGUGAAAGAAUUUUCAGAUGGAAGUUGAGAUUUUUUUGGCUUUUAUAGCUCAGCUACUGCAGUAGCAGCUUUUCAGGGUUUUUAACCUAUAUCAUAGAGCUCAGUAGAAACAAAAAUGUCCUUACUUUAAAAAUUAAUAUGUAACAUUAACUGUGACUGUGUAUAGCAACAAGAUUUCUCCAGGACAAUUCUGCAGAACAAUCCUCUUACCUGUGC